AUGGCCAUGUUGGCGUCAAAGUCGUUUUCGGCCACGCUGGGCUCUCAGCAGCCCUCGGGUCUGAUGGCAACCACGCCGCAAACAGCAUACCCGCCCAGCAGACGCGCUCCUGCCGUGCCCAUGGCGAGCCAGUCCUUCGCCAGCCCUACCGAGUCCGAAUUCUCCGACGUCGACGGGCCCUCGUCGGUCAAGAACUGGAACGAGGACCAGGUCUGCGACUACCUCAGGAGUGUCAAAUGCGGCGAGUACGAGAAGAUAUUUCGAAAGAACCACAUCAACGGCGAGAAUCUCCUCGAGAUGGACAAGGAGGUCCUCAAGGAGAUGGGAAUAGAUAAAGUCGGUGACCGCGUCCGGUUGUUUCUGGGCAUUAAGAAGCUGCGGACAAAGACAUACGCGAAUCAGAAGAAGCGGAAUAGGGACUCGUUUGGUGGGCUUGACGUUCAGUAUAUGCCGCCAUCGGCUUCGCCGCGGCCCCUGAACCCUGGGAACAGGACGGCUGCCCCUAAUUUGGCGAACAAGAGAUACUCGCGCCAAUACGACAUGUCCGCCGUCGUAGACCCCUCAAAGCCGUCCUCGAGGCCGACUUCGCCGUUACCCGGCACCGACUUCAGAGCGGCCGGCCGGCAACGAUAUGCCCAGCCACAGGGAUACUCGAGCCAACAGACACCCACCGCAUCGUCGAGAUUCCCCAUGUCUCCUCCCGAUGCGCUCCCUGGCAGAUUGGUGCCGGCACACACCAGAAACAAUUCCAGCAUGGACGGCUCGCUCAUGGCCGCGCUUCCGCAGGGCCAGGACGUGAUCCGUGUCAUCUCCACGGGGGGUGUAACCAAAGUUGUCAAGAUUGCCGACUGCAACACAUGCGAGGAAGUCAUGCGAGUCACUCUUCGCAAGUUUGCCCUGCGCGAGGACCACGAGCGGAAUUACUGCUUCUGGGUUCUUGCAGGCGUAGACCCUGAUCCGAAGCAGUGUCGGCGUCUGGGAGACACGGAACUGUGGAGGGUUAUCAAGGACCACACCCGCCCGGAACGGAACCGUCUGAUUCUGAGACGUGUUCCUGCUGGAGAACCCGGGAUGUCGGAGCUUGAGAGGGCUGCCGCCAUCGGCAUGGAAGAAGCCCAGCAGAACCACAACCGUGCCCUCGAAAACAUAACUAAACAGAGCCAGCUCAAGAUCCAAAAAGUCCUCGGCGAGAGCUGGGAGAACAUGCAGCCGCCCCUCUCCCCCGUCUCGUACCAGGACCGAGAGAGAAAUGUCUAUAAUGCGGCCAGGGAUCUGGAGCGGCCGGCCCCGGUGGAGACGCCUCGAGCCGGGCCCCGUCGCAAAGGUGUCCCCGGGCUCCGCCAGUUCGGUGGCUUGAGGCCGCCUAGCGAGCUCAUCGCCUCUGAUCUCACGAGCUACUUUCCGGAUCACUCAAGAGAACAAAUCGACAGGACAGCUCGCCUGUCCAUGCGACGGUCUGCCCGUCUCAGCAAGAUAAACAGCCGCCUGAGCGUUGCCAGCACCAUGAGCUUUGCCUCUAGCAUCCAAGAUGCCCCGCCCAUCCCCACCAUUGCGGACAGUUGGCUGACCGCCUCCAACCAAAUCGCCAAGGUCCGUCCUCGCGACGCGCAGGGGAGAAUGCCGCACGGGUAUCGGGACUCGAUUGCUUCCUCUGUGCUUGACACUCUCCAGGAGGAAUCAUCCCCAACGGAGCCAAACCGGAAGUCGUACAUUUCCUUCGCCGAUAGCGGCUCCGACACGGCUGCGCUGAGCAUCACCGACCCUGACGGGCACGUAAGGCACAGCUAUUUCGACGGCGAGAGCACAACCGGCUCCGGGGGCUCCAUCCAGGAGGUCAACCAGGCCCUGAACGAGGAUGGAGAAGACGCCGACGAGGAGCUGCAGAGCUUCCUCGCUGGCGAAUCGUGGGACGACAGCAAGUGGAUGAAGGGUGCCUUGAUCGGCCAGGGAUCUUUCGGUUCCGUCUAUCUCGCACUGCACGCCGUCACGGGUGAGCUGCUUGCUGUGAAGCAGGUCGAGGCGCCCGGCGCGAGCGCCAACAGCCAGAGCGAUUCGAGGAAGAAGAGCAUGAUAGAGGCUUUGAAGCGCGAGAUUAGCCUCCUGCGUGACCUCCGACACCCCAACAUUGUGCAGUAUCUGGGAUGCGGCUCGUCGGCCGAGUAUCUCAAUAUUUUCCUCGAGUACGUGCCUGGUGGCUCGGUGCAGACCAUGCUCAACUCGUAUGGCGCAUUGCCGGAGCCUCUCGUUCGCAGCUUCGUCCGGCAGAUCCUCAACGGCCUGUCGUAUCUCCACAACCGCGACAUUAUCCACCGCGACAUCAAGGGUGCCAACAUCCUGGUGGACAACAAGGGCACCAUCAAGAUUUCCGAUUUUGGUAUCUCAAAGAAACUCGAGGCGACAAACAUCCUCAACGGCGCCAACAACAACAAACAUCGGCCAUCUCUUCAGGGUUCCGUCUUCUGGAUGGCGCCCGAGGUUGUUAAGCAGACUUCGUACACGCGCAAAGCAGACAUCUGGUCCCUGGGCUGUCUCGUCGUUGAGAUGAUGACGGGCACCCACCCGUUUCCCGACUGCACCCAGUUGCAGGCCAUCUUCAAGAUUGGUGGAUCCAAGGCCGCUCCCACAAUCCCAGACCAUGCCAGCGAAGAGGCCAAGCAGUUCCUUGUCCAGACCUUUGAGAUGGACCACAACAAGCGCCCAAGUGCCGACGAUCUAAUGCUAAGCCCCUUCCUAACGCCGGCCACAUAA